GCCGACGGGAGGGACGGGCGGGCAGGCAGGCAGAGGCGCCGAGAGCAGCCCCGCUCACUAUGGAUCCCUCUGCCUUGCACACGCCGAGCAAACACGGGCUCGCAUCGUGAGAGCAGAGAGAAGAUCACCUUCUACUACUUACCUUGGGUUUUUUUUCCCCCUCUCCUGCGUGUUUUGGAUUUACGACCUUGCAGAUUUUUUUUUCUUCUUCUCUUGAAACAUUAUUUGGAAAAGAAAAAGCCAACACGUCGUUCGGGGAAGGAGAGGAGAGCGAGGGGGAAUGAAAGUGACCGUGUGUUUUGCGAGGACCAGGGUGGUUGUCCCUUGUGGGGACGGUGCCAUCACGGUGCAUAUCCUCAUCCAGCAAGCAGUCACCAGGUACCGCCGAGCCAUCGCCAAGGAUCCAAGCUACUGGGUACAAGUUCAUCGCUUGGAGCACAGUGAUGGUGGCAUCUUGGAUCUCGAUGACAUCCUCUCUGAUGUUGCUGAUGAUAAGGACCGACUUGUUGCUAUCUUUGAAGAGCAAGAUCCUCAUCAUGUUGGAGAUGGCACCAGUGCCAGUUCAACUGGCACUCAAAGCCCGGAAAUGUUCACCAACGAGUCAGCGCCCAACUCCUUGUCUGCGUUUCAACCCUAUCAGGUGUCAAGUGAGAUCGAGGUCACUCCCUCUGUCCUCCGAGCAAAUAUGCCACUCCACGUACGGCGGAGCAGUGACCCUGCACUGGUUGGUCUUCCAUCCUCAGUAACGGGACCUAACCUUAACUCAGCUGAACCGUCUCGCAAAAAUCCCGCUCGUUGGUCAACAAUGCCAGGCUUUCCAAAGCCAAACCAAACAUCGAGUAGCCUUGACAGAAAAAAGAAGGAAACAACACAAAGGCAUCCAGUGAAUGGACAGGAUAACUACAGGAGUUUACCAAGAGACGCAGGCCACUGGUCAAAUCAAUUUCAACGAGACAAUGCCCGCUCAUCUUUAAGUGCCACCCAUCCUAUGGUAGACAAGUGGCUGGAACGGCAGGAGCAGGAGGAUGAAGGGGCAGUCGAGAAGAAUCACAGGACGGAGCCAAUUACACGAGCUGAUUCUUGCCUUGAGCAUGGACAGAACUUUACACUUGGUGACGUUCUCAAGUUGGUUGAAGUCUCCAAUGAAGGAGGGCCUUUGGGAAUCCAUGUUGUACCUUUCAGUUCCACAGUUGGAAGGACCCUGGGAUUAUUGGUCAAACGCCUGGAGAAAGGUGGUAAAGCUGAGCGGGAAAAAUUGUUUAAUGAGAAUGAUUGCAUCGUCAAAAUAAAUGGUGGUGAUUUGCGAAAUAUCCGAUUCGAACAAGCACAACAAAUGUUUCGCUUGGCCAUGCGUUCACAUGUUAUUUGGUUUCACGUGGUCCCCGCAGCAAAUAAAGAGCAGUACGAACAAGUUCCUUUUGGUGAUAAAAAUGCCAGCUUUUCCAAUCGGAUCAAUGUGGAUACUCAGGGCAAUGAUCGAACGAGUGCGAUGAAUGCAAAUCUGGACGAAACCCCGCAGAGGUUGCCUCGACCAAGCAGUGAGGCGGAUCAGUCUGUUUCAUACUCUCACCUACCUCACAAUCAUAAUUCAGCGUCUAAACCACCAACAGGCCAGAACCCGACUCCCCAAAGAAUGAACUCCACGCCUACUGCAGGUUUCAACACUAAAAAGGUCGGGAAGAGACUCAAUAUUCAGUUGAAAAAAGGUCCUGAGGGUCUCGGCUUCAGCAUCACAUCGCGUGAUGUCCCUGUUGGUGGUUCAGCUCCGAUUUAUGUGAAGAACAUCCUUCCUAAGGGUGCAGCCAUCCAAGAUGGCAGGCUGAAGGCAGGAGACCGUCUGCUUGAGGUGAAUGGUGUUGAUUUGACGGGGAAAAUCCAAGAGGAAGUGGUGACACUGCUGAGGAACACAAAGAUGGGUGGAUCUGUCAGUCUGUUGGUGCUACGGCAAGAAGAAACCUUUCUCCCACGAGAGCUGAAAAAAGAAUCGAUUCAGAUGCAGGGGCCAAGUGACUUGAAAGCAGAGGAUGAUGACUUGGUUCUUACACCUGAUGGUACCAGAGAGUUCCUGACUUUCGAAAUUCCCCUCAAUGACACCGGAUCCGCUGGCCUUGGGGUUAGCGUCAAAGGAAAUAGAUCAAAGGAGAACCACGCAGAUCUGGGCAUCUUUGUGAAGUCCAUCAUCAAUGGAGGGGCAGCAUCUAAGGAUGGCAGGCUUAACGUGAAUGACCAACUUAUUGCCGUAAACAGUGAAUCGUUGUUGGGAAAGACUAACCAAGAUGCCAUGGAAACACUCCGGAGAUCCAUGUCAACAGAAGGGAAUAUAAGGGGGAUGAUACAGUUGAUUGUUGCCAGGAGGAUAACAAAAAACAAUGAGCUCGAGACACCUGGGAGCCCCUCUGGACCCGAGUUGCCCAUUGAUGCUGCGCUGGACGGCAGGGAACGGAGGAUUUCACAUUCACUUUACAGUGGAAUCGAAGGGCUGGACGAGUCGCCCACCAGGAAUGUUGGCUUUAACAGAUUGAUGGGCAACUACCAAAUGUCCCCAACAGUGAACAUGACCCAAGAUGAUAUCGUUAUAAUUGAGGAUGACAGACCAUCUGGCAAUCAUCCUCGACUGUCUAACCAGUCAUCUCCGGGUUACCAUCAAGAAAUGAAUUCUGUGACUUCAGGUCUUUGGGUGAAAGAACCUGAUAAAGAUAAAACAGAUGGUGCUUUAAAUCCAGACGUCGACCCUGCCAUUGCCUUUCAGCGAGAGGGAUUCGGACGUCAAAGCAUGUCUGAGAAACGCACUAAGCAGUUUGGAGAUGCUAAUCAGCUGGACCUUGUUAAAACACGGAAAUCUAAGAGCAUGGAUUUAGUAGCUGAUGAGACUAAUCAUGAUUCCCUGGCUGAACAGAUAACCCCAGGCUCCUCGACCAGGGACGUUGGGCCUUCAUUAGGACUGAAGAAAUCAAGCUCAUUGGAAAGUCUACAGACUGCAGUUGCAGAAGCAACUCUGAAUAGUGAUAUUCCUUUCCAUCGCCCACGACCACGCAUCAUCCGGGGAAGAGGGUGCAACGAGAGCUUCCGCGCUGCCAUCGACAAGUCGUAUGAUAAACCGGCAGAAGAGGAGGAGGAUGAUGAAGGAAUGGAAACAUUGGAAGAAGACACGGAGGAGAGUUCCCGAUCGGGAAGAGAGUCCGUCUCAACAGCAAGCGAUCAACCAUCGUUGGCCAGUGGGCAACUGUCAGGCACAAUGGAGAAACAGGUCAAUGGUUCAAGGACAAAGGAGGACAGAAAGAAGGAAAAGACUGGCAAAGAGAGAGAAAAGAAGAAAGACAAAGAAAAGGACAAAGAGAAGACUAAAGCAAAGAAAGGGAUGUUGAAAGGUCUUGGAGACAUGUUCAGAUUUGGGAAAAACCGGAAAGAGGAAAAAGUUGGAAAGCUUGACCGUAAAGGGUCAAACAAGGGCAAAGUCGAGGAAACCCAGUCAUCUGAAGAUGAGCGAAUACGUAUGAUGCAGGAACAAGAGAGAAUUCAGGCAAAACACCGGGAAAUUCGAGAGCGGCAGGCACGGGAUCGAGACUAUAUGGAUCCACAAGACUUAAGCAGACCUUAUGGAUCCGAGGAUGACCCAACAUAUGCUGGCAUGAGUUGGUAUGACUCGUCUGCAGACAUCGGACGUAACCUGAUUUUAAACACUAGACCGCAGAGUGCAAGGGAGGAAACACAACCAAUGGAAGCGGUUUAUGCUCAAGUCAAUAAACCAAGGAAUGGGAAAGUUGCAACUAGUGAAAGCAACAAACUGGCCCCAAGUAACCACGAUCGGAUACAGAAGCUGAGGAGCGAGUUCCAACAAGCGAAGCAAGAGGAGCUCGAGGACCGGAGGCGAACAUACAGUUUUGAGCAGCCUUGGCCUAGCACUGGCCCCUACGCUCAAAGUGGUCGACACUCUGUGUCCGUGGAAGUGCAACUGCAGCGGCAGAGACAGGAAGAAAGGGAGAGUUUCCAGCAGGCUCAACGACAAUACAGCUCAUUGCCAAGGCAAGGCAAAAAGAACUCCAGUUCCAUGAGUCAGGAGGCUUGGGAUAAAGGCUACACCCCGGGCGAAGGGUUUCAGAGUGCAAAGGACAAUCCCAGAUAUUCCAGUUACCAGGGCUCCCGGAAUGGCUACCUCGGACACGGAGUCAAUGCCCGGGUUUUGAUGGAGACCCAGGAGUUGCUGCGACAGGAGGAGCAGCGGCAGAAGGAUCAGUCGGUCAUGAGCAAGCCUGGGGAAGGGAAUAAUAAUUACGACUCUUACAAGGCCGAUCCGGCCUACAGCCUUCCAAAAGGGCCGUACAGACACGACGUGCCCCCCUCCCCUUCUCAGGUAGCCCGGCUGUCCAGGUUACAAAUGCAUGACAAAGGUCGUCCCUUCUAUCCCUGACCCCAGCAUGUGAACUUCGGCAUACAAGGCAAUAAGUCACUUUUUUAAGUCACUUUCCUCUGAAUAUCAAAGGAGAAGAACUUCCAAAUCUCCAGCGGAUUUUAUUGCAGCAUUUUUCUACUCCAGUGCCUUCAGUAAAUUGAGAAAGGACUCACCGGCCUUAACCUGCCUCCUUCUGUCUAUCUCGGCCGCCAGCUAAUAACGCAGAGAGACUUCCUCACAGUUUGACAAUCAGGUGGGAGCUGAAGAGGUCCGUUGUCACGAGGAUCUAACCAUGUGAUUCUUCACCAGACGCCAUGUGUAAUUUUCAGCAACCACAAGGCUGGGAUGUAUUCUGCUAACUUCACAUUGGUCUCGCAUGAAACUAUAAAAUGGUUCUCCAUUUUCUCCAAAUGUGUACAACUCAGCGUAAAUUGUUGCAUUCAGGAAUAUGACACUAGUCCCACGAGGGCAAUUUUAAAUGUGAAAUUAAUUUAAACAUCAACUAGGAAAUUUCUGUGUCCUCAUUUUUAAUAUUCCUCCAUUAGAGAAUAGUUGUUUGUGUUUUUGGAUGCAAUCUGUCACAUUUCAUGAAAAAACAAUUAAAUUGCAAUGUACUUUUUGGUUACGUAAUUCUUCAAAAUCUGACAGAGAAGGCCCCAUGGAAAUAGUGGAGCUUGAUAGAUUAUAGACCCUGCCAUGCCGCUGUUCAUUGUAAUCCAUCUCGGUCAUUGAUGGAGAAAGGAAUCACUGCCAAUUGUGUGAUUCUUUCACGUGUUCAGUUCAGUUUACAGCCUGUAACCUGCACAGAGGGAGUGUUAGUCCAAAUUCGAAAGUCUUGCCUUGUUGUAUGAAGGUCCUGACCACAGCAAGCCCCUCAGGGCAACAGUGUGGAGCAAUGCAUCUCAUAACAGGCCAUUGGGAAACGCGGGGCAACGUAAAGAAGGGAAACUCAAGCGGUUUUCAUGCGAGUCUGCAACACUGACAAAUCUGUUAGGUCAAGUGGGAGGUGUUAAUGCUUCCAGUUCUUGUUAUAGCUUUGUGUUGUACCAGAUGUGAGUGGCUAUAUAGUAAACAAUGAUGUCUGUGCAAGUUCAAGAACAAAAGAGGAAGAAACAAUUCUUGUUUUAUAUAUGAAACGACACACAAAUAAGUGAUUCAUGUUUUAUUAUUGCUUUUUUUUACUGUGAUACCCUAGUGUACAUUUGGGAAUUUGGAAAGCUUUCCUUUAAAUGAUUUCUUAAGUGCUUAUUUGGAAUAUGGAGGUUGGAACAAUUAAGUGCCUGGAGUUCCAGAUGUGGGAGAGGAUGAAUUGAGAUUAGUUCUCACACAUUGACUGCUUUGGGCACUGUGUGAACCUGGAAGCCCGUGCCUAUUUCUUUUCAGGACUCCGUUUAUUUCUGUGGAGCUGUUGUCAAAGUACGGGAGAGCUCUCUGCAAUUACUGAUGUCCUGUUUGCUAGAUUGUUGCCUUUAUUUCAAAUUUACUACAAUGUGUUAAGCAAAAUGUAAGCACAGUGCAAUCGGUUUUUAAUGGCUCUUUUACACAGUGUAUAAAACAAUUGUACGACAGCUUUCUUGUACAUAUCACUUAAGAAUAAAAAGGCUGUUUCAUACUGUUUGCAAUACAUUCUGUGCGAGUGCUUGCUCAUUUCCCAAGUGUAUUUCACAAGUGACAAGGUCACAUCGGCGGAGAGGGCGAUUGAAUCACGUUUACGGUGAACAAAAAAAGUUUGCAUUGCGAUGGUAAUCAAAA